AUGGACAGAGACAACAAAAAGCAGCGGGAAACGCACCUGGAACUGGAACUGGACCUGGAGGAAGGAGUCCUAGUGGAGCCGAGAUUUGUAAACUUUGACUGGCAGCAGCUAGACGAGGCCAAGGCUCUGGUCAAGGAUAUGAUUGACUAUAUGCUGCCCGCUAGCGAAACGGAAAAGGAUGCAGAGGACGCCGGCAAACACAUUCUGCGACUACUCGACUGCUACACCCGCAAUUUGGAGGAACACGUGCUGAGCGUGAGUCGCGGCGAGACUUGCACCUGCACGGAGUUACAAUUGACUCAGAACUGUGAGCUGGGCACGCAGACGCUGCCCCUGAAUAGCCUGCGACAGCAACAGCAAUCUCAUUCAGAUACCACCGCACCCGCACCCGCAGCCACAGCCACAGCCACAGCCACAGCCGCUCCAUGCGAGCGCAGAUAUCACACAAUCACAAUUAGCGCGAAUACCACCUCGGCGUAUGCAGCACGUCCGCGGCCCAACACGCUGCUCGGCCGGAUCGGGCAUACCCUGGGCGACUUUGCUGGUGCCUUCUGCCUGUGCCUGCAGGUGAACAAGGAUUGCGUAUUUUGUCUGGGCUUCUUCAUAGCCUUUGUGAUAAGUGCCAGCUUUCUGACCGCGUUCUUCUAUCGCACCAUUAAUCUGACGCAGUCGUUGCGGCCCAGUCCCAUUGACUCCGGCGAUUCCGCGGCAACGGCCGGCAAUAUGGUCACACUGCGUUUCAAUGGCGGCUAUUAUUACAUCUACAACAGUCAGCGGCAGCAUUUUCUAUAAGUCCGAUUCAUCUACUCAAGGCGCGUCAAACGUGCAAAUUAUCAUUUUAUAUUAUGUUUUAAAAACUCCCCUAGAGUAUUGGUCGCGUAUUUUUCUCCCACAUACGUUUGAAAUACUAUUAAAAACGAAAGCAGGCUCCAUUUUGAUUUGGAAAUCAAAUAUCUAAGAGUUCUUUGUGCUAGAGAUUAGUUU